AUGGAAAAUAAUUGGAAAACCCUUCAAAGCGUGUCAUUUUCAAAUCCCCAACAAACCAAAAAGAGAGCAAAACCUGUUAAGCAAUUCAAUGAUAUCCCUAUUAAUUUUAAUUAAAAUUUUAUAUUAUAAACUUUUUUUAAGCGCCAAAAUCAUAGUAAAUCAUUAUAUUUCAUCUCUGAAGAAAAUGAUUGUCCAAGUAAUUAAAAAUUAGUACGAUAACAAAGUUAAAGUACUUGAAUGCAGCCGAAAAGCUUUAGAAAAAUCUCACAAGUCAUCAAGUGUCAAAAAAGAAAAAAUUGAGCCUAAAUUAAAAGAAAAAAGAAAUUUAAGCGGAAAUUCAAAAAUUUCAAAAACAUUUUCCGUUAAUAAAGAAGGGAGAAGAAAAGUAAAAGCAGUUCAUAGAGAUCCGGACCAUCAAAGUCAAGUUUUAAGCUCAAUAGAAGAUAGUGUGGUUGAUAGCAUCGUAAUUCCAGAUGUAAGUGAAAGCUACCUCACUUUUGGUCUUGAUUCACCUGAGAGUCCUUCAAGCUACGACACAAGAAUAAGGAAAAUAAGCAGCAUCGAUAUGAUCCAAAAUAAAGAAAAUUAUGAAAGAAUUGAUAAGCUGAAUAUUUCUUCAAGCGAGCCAAAAAUUGAAAACCCUGGAAGUUUCCUUAAGGAAAAGAAGCCUAAAGAAAUAAAAGAUAUAUCUAUACAAUGUGAAGAUGGACUAUUAGAAAAUUAUAAUAAAAUUCUCAAAGAAAAUGAAAAUCUUAAAGCAGAUAUCAGGAAUUCAAAAUUUUUACAUAAAAACGAACUAAAGAUGACCCCCCCUUCAAUCUUCAUGUCUAUUGCAACAAAAAUUUUUCGAAAAAAUCUUCAUGCCUACUGCAACACAACAUUUUUAUAGAAAAAAUUAAUGCAUUUUUCUCUAGGUGAGUUUCUCAAAAAACCAUAAAACAGCACUGCUGUAGGCGUGCCAAUGACCUUCUCAUCGAGAUUUGGACGGCUAUUGUCAUCGCUCGCCAUUUUAUUCAACUUAUCUAGCUAAAAUGUACGAAAAAAUUUAAGAUGCGCAUCAAAAAUUUGUUUCAAGAGCAUUAGGAUUAAUACAGACAGGCGCUAGCCAUAUUGGUGACGCAUUUUACCAAAGACUCCCGUAUGGAAGGUUCUACCGCUUUUCGAAUCCAGCCCAGAGGGUCUAUCCCUCUUACGAGUGCCCUUCCGGUACCUUCUAUCUCCUCCUUGCCUUGAGGCUUCAGUCUUGAGUGGGCUGCUUAUGGAUUUAUGCGGCCCUGCUGCGGGCGAUUGGAGUAGAUUGAUUCCAAGGAUCAGCUCCUUAGAGUCUAUCAGUUGUCAAAGUGCCUUCCUUCGACAGCUACAGGAAAAAGACUGUUCCCCUGCCUGGGCCGAAACCCCCAGUUUCUCGGUAGAGGAAUGCCCAUGGGUCCUUGGAUCCAAAGGACGUUGUUGAGCACCUCCAUUUCCAACCACAGGAAAGCAGUCAAAACCUACCCGGAUACACACUUCUUGAGCCUGCAUCUGAUUCUCGGCUCGGAGUCCGUCCCAGUUCGCCCUAGCCAUAAGGUCUAGACUGCUGCGCCAAGAGGGCAGGUUGACGCGUGUCGCCAUUUUAAUUUAUAUAAUUUGUUGCAAGAGACAUGAAAAUUAUUAUUUUUUUUUAUAUAAAAUUUUAUAUUAAAAAAUUGCAUUUUUGUUGCAAUAGACAUGAAGAUUGAGGGGGGGUCAUCGUUAGAUGCACAAAGAAUAAAAUUUGAAGCAGAAGUAAAUAAGCUGAAAGACCAAAUUUUAGAGAUGAAAAAAAUUGAUUUACAGAAAAAUGAAAAUUUAAAAGAAAAACAAAAUAUUAUUAAUGUAUUGGAAGAGCAAAAUACCAAAGAAGACUCAAGCGUCGAUUCUGAUGUUUGUGCUAAAUGUGAUAAAAUGACUGAAAAAAUGCUUGAAGAACAAAAAUCAAGACUUUUAAAAGAAUUUAAAGAAAAUACUGAUAAUUUAAGAAUUUCUCUAGCAGAAUCACAUGAAAAAGAAUAUAAUGAUUUAAGAGAGCAAUUUGUCAAAAGAAUCCAAGCUAAUGAAAAUAGAAUAAAACAAAAGCUUGCCAAUGAGUUCACAGCUAGCUUAAAAGACCAAACAAAGUCUAUAAUAGAAGACUUAAAGUCAGAAUGCGAGUCACAUAUCAGAACAUUUAAAAUUGACUAUGAAAAUAAAAUAGAAAAUUUAUUAAGAGAAAAUUUGGACUUAAAAAAAGAAAUUGAUUUUCUUGAGUCAAAAUUUAGUGAUCUUGAUAGCAGAAGCCCUUUCUUUAUAGAUGUAGGAGCUUCAGAAGUAUCUUCUGCGAACCAAACUUUUGAUUCAGAUAAAAUUUAUAUUGAUCUUGUAUCAACAAAUAAGAAGCUAAAAAUGGAAAACACGGUUGCAGGUCAAAUGACUUUGCCUUUUUGAUAGUGUUCAUUUCACCCAAAAAUUUUUGGCCGAAAGUUGAUCAAAAAUUUUUGAUAGUGAGACAUUUGACCUAAAAACCGUUAAUUUUUCGGCCGUACUAUCAAUGUACACUGUCAAAAAUCCACGGUCAUUUGACAUGGAGCCGGAAAACACCAAUCUCCAAAAGCACUUAAGAAAUAUUUCUUUCCAUUAA